UUCGCAUUCAAACAAGAAGUGUGUACAAUAAUAAAGGACUAACCAAAGGAAUAGGCAUAAUACUCAGCAUGACUGAACACUACAUGACAUGGAAAAGUGAAUUUGAUCACUGGAUUGCUUUGUGGACAAGUGCCGCAGAUCACUUAAGGGAACUUGAGGACGAGACAGAAACUCAUCACGUUUUAAAUGUUCUGGUUGACAUGGCUGUGAGAGCCCGUACCACACAAAACUGGGUAGAAUGCAGGGAAUAUUUUAAAAACAAAAUCCAUUGCUUCUGCAUGAGAUACGAUCAGGCCAAUGCCGGGUAUUUGGAGAAAAUCAUUAACUGCAUUAACGGAUAUACCCCAAUGCCCCAACAUCUGUCGGAGUUACUCAAACAUAGAGUUGAAUCAUGGCGCCCGAUUUUCCUAAGUACAGCAGAGUCGGAUCUAGAAAGGGUCAUCCAGACAGGGAUUGGACAGAUGUUUUCCAUGCGUCGAUAUUUUCGUGGUCAACUUGGCCGUCGCAGUGAAGAAAGAUGUUCACCAUGCUCUCCCCGGAAUAAUUACCACACUUAUUAGAUAACCACUGUUGCACGGAAUAAUAAUGUUCAAUGCAUACGCAUAUUCAUUCAAGAACUUUCAUUGUGCUACACAAGGAUUUAUGACAUGCAUAUUAUAUUUUCGUUAUGCACGUAUAUGGAUGAUUGUUUACACAGUCUUGAGGCUAAAAAAGUUAUAUACUGCUUAAUGUAUUGGAACAUCCACAGUUUACAUUGUUUUCAUUUCGGUAAUGAUUAACGUUGUAUUGAUGUUAUUAUCCGUGCAACAGUAGUUUCCUUAUACGUGUUGAAAUUAAAGUUGUUCAGAACACACUGGAACAUAAACAGAGUACACAGACCAUGCGAUGUGUGUAACACUUUUGAUUGUAUAGUGUGCUUGUGAAACAAUAUCUACUUACAUGUUUGAAAAUGAGUUGUGUCAUUGCAUAUAUAAAUUAGGAAAUACUAUUUAUAAUUAUUUGAAUAUGAAUAUCGUUAUCAUAAUACAUGUACGUAAUUAAAAUUGUUAAUGAACUGUUACCGGUAGAUUUAUUUAUAUGUAAUGUGUAGAUGCAUUCAACUCAAUAUUAAUGGCAUUUUAUAUCCAAACAAUUAAAUAUUCAAUUGUU